AUGCCCGCUGAGUUUCUUGCCUCCAACCCUCCCCCGCUCUGGCUCACUCUCUACCACCUAGUCACCCGCCUCCCUGACACUCUGCGUACAGUCAGGGACCACUUCCUAGCUCGCUGCCCCACUGAGCUCACCAUUGCCGCCCUAGAGAAGGAACUACUUGCAGCUGAGAAGAGUAUUGUAGCUGUAGGUGCCUCUCGUGGCGACCCCCGCACCCCUUUCUUCGAGGGGUGUUCCCCCUCCCCCCUGCUCCCCUUUGUCGCCUCUGCUGCUGCUGUCGACCUCCUUGGUGCUGAGCAGGUCGGCUCUGCGUCCAAUCCCAGCGGGCGCUGCAGCGGCAAGGGCAGGGGAGGCAAGGGCGGUGGGGGUGACGGCGGGGGAGGCGGUGGUGGGGGUGGUGGCGGCGGUGGGGGCGGUGGCGGGGCUGGAGGGGCUAGUGGCAGCGGUGGGGGUGGUGGAGGCAGCGGCGGCGGCGGUGGUCGGGGUGGGGGCGGUGGUGGUGGCGGCAGUGGACGUGGCGGCGGCAGGGGCGGUGGUGGUCGUGGUGGAGGCGGUGGUGGUGGUCGUGGAGGCUCUGGCCCUGGCCAGAGCGCGCAGCACCCUCAGUCCUCCCAGGAGCUUCGUGAGUGGUACUUACAGCACGGGGGUGGGGGGGGUAGCCUUAGCUGCACGUACGUCAUCCGCACUGGUCGCCGCAAGGGACAGACGUGCGGGAGGGCGCACACUGCUCAGCGCUGCUUCUCUCGCCUAGAUGACGCUUGGCGUGCUCAGUUUCCUGACGCUCCUGAGCUCCCUCAGUGGGCUGAUCUCCUCAAGAAGGAUAUCGAUAUCUAUGCUCUUGAUUUUGAUGUUAUUCUCAAAGCCAUGUAUGCACUGACUAUUAGUGGAGAGGAGGACCAGUACCUGUGUGUUCCGCCUGACCCAGGCAUCCGCACGAGUGAGGCUGCCGCUCUAGGUGCUUGCGCGUCCGCUGCCCCAGGUGCUGGUGAGGCUACUGCUCUAGGUGCUUGUGUGUCUGCCACCCCAGGUACUACUGAGUCCACUGAGGCACUGCACACCUUCACUCUAGACUCAGGCGCUUCGCGCUGUUUCUUUCGUGACCGCACUGCCCUUGAGCCCCUUGCUCGACCAGUCGCUGUCUCACUCGCUGACCCCUCUGGGGGUCCGGUCAUUGCGACCUCCUCCACUGUCCUUCCUUGUCCUGCUGUCCCGUCGGGCACACUGUCAGGUCUCCACCUCCCCUCGUUCUCUACGAACUUGGUGGCGGGUUGUGCGCUUCAGGAUGGGGGUGUUCACCAGUUCACCCCUGCCUACGAGCGCGUGACACACUGCACGUGUGCUCGGACGGGCCGUCACCUGGCUACCUUCACUCGACAGCCGGGGUCGGACCUGUACACACUGACCACUGAGUCCCCUCAGGUAGCGGCGUCUGCGUAUGCGUCUGCGUCAGGUCAGCUCUCUGCCCCCUGCUCGUGUCGCUCUCUAGCGCACAAGACUGUCCUCUGGUACCACCGACUUGGUCACCCGUCAGUGCAGCGCCUUCGGGGCAUGCACGCCCGGUACCUUGUCUCUGGUCUUCCUCGGGUACUCCCUCCCCUCCCACCCUCCCUUGCUCCUCCUUGUCUUCCCUGUGUCGAGGGGCGGCAGCGCGCUGCCCCUCACUCCUCCUCGUUCCCCCCGACGACUGCUCCUUUGCAGACGCUCCACAUGGACUUGUGGGGCCCAGCCCGCGUCCGUGGUCAGGGCCAGGAGAGGUACUUCUUGAUCGUCGUUGACGACUACUCGCGCUACACCACGGUCUUCCCCUUGCGCACCAAGGGUGAAGUCCCUGAUGUUCUAAUCCCUUGGAUCAGCAGAGCACGUCUUCAGCUGCGAGAGCGUUUUCGCUCGGAGUUUCCUGUCCUGCGCUUGCAAUCUGACAGAGGUGGCGAGUUCUCCUCCGACCUCUUGGCAGCCUACUGUGCCGAGCACGGCAUUCGCCAGUCGUUCACGCUCCCGGCCUCUCCACAGCAGAAUGGGGUUGCUGAGCGCCGCAUUGGCUUGGUCAUGGAGGUCGCUCGUACCUCCUUAGUCCACGCGGCUGCCCCCCACUUUCUGUGGCCGUUUGCGGUCCGGUACGCUGCGCAUCAGCUCAACCUCUGGCCCCGUGUCUCCGCUCCGGAGACCUCGCCCACACUGCUGUGGACGGGGGAGGUUGGCGAUGCGUCACGCUUCCGUGUCUGGGGAUCCCGAGCUUUUGUUCGCGACACGUCUGCGGACAAGCUCUCCUCCCACACUACUUCGUGUGUCUUUCUUGGCUUUGUCCCGGAUGCGUCUGGCUGGCAGUUUUACCACCCCGCCUCGCACCGCGUCUUCCCCUCUCAGGACGUCACUUUUGACGAGUCCGUGCCCUUCUACCGCCUCUUCCCCUACCGCACUGCCCCGCUCCCUCCCCCGCCUCUCUUCCUUGCGCCAGGUGCUGCAGUGGUAGACCCCCUCCCCCCUCAGGGUGCCGCUCCCUCAGGUGUCUCUCAGGUAGACCCGGUUGAGCCUGCCGAGGUAGCUGUCGACUCGCGUCCUGCUAGAGGUGCUGAGCCUGAGCGGUACUGA